ACAUUUCAUAAAUUAUUUUAAUAAGCAAAUUUUCAAAAUAAUAUAUAUAAAAAAAAACAAAUCUAAAUUGAUUUUUAGUUAAAUUUAAACUCUAAAACAAAUUAUUUUUCGCACAAAAAACCAUACAAUUUUCUUGUAUUUUCGCAGCCUGCGAACUAGAAGGGGUCCUAGUUUCAACACGCAACCACCAAAGCACGCAAAAAAACACCUAAAAAUAAAAACGAAGAUGUCAUGCAAACAACGCGUUGUCAUAGAGAUCGAUGAGGAUAUACGCGCAGGCGAUACCGAGCAGUUCCGCAAUAUGCUGGACGUGCCCAGCGUUAUGCCGGCAGUGGGUGCCAAAUCGCUUAAGAUGCCCAUUUACGCCAAACUGCAUUCGCCUACACAGACGUUGCGCUUCGAUUGCGUCGGUACGGCGCGUAACUCCUUUGUACGUGCGGAAUUCGCAAUGCUUAUGGAUGAAUUGUUUCUGAAGAAAUCUAAAUGCUGUCUGUUGCAAUUCUUUCCGCUACGCGAUUGUCAACUUUCCUUCUUAUGCAAUUUGCUCGUCUCCGAGGUGGACAAGCGUAUGAUGAUCAUGCAAGCCAAAUUAUUUGCGAUUAAGAUGGAAUACUAUGACCUACGCAAAUAUGAUGUCAUCAAUUUGCUGGGCGACAGCUCUCAACGCUCCACGAUCAAGAACAAACGCAAGUCCUAUCCGCACAUAAUAUUUCAUUCCACUACGGAGCUUUUGCGUUGGCUGCAAACCAAGUACAUACAGCUCUUCGCCAGAGACCAAGGCACUGAGAAUAUAGACUGCGAGUUCACUUUCUGCGAUAUCAAGAACAAUGUGAAUACAGUUCGACUUUCUAUAAUGAAUAACUUCCUGUGUCAUAUGGAUGGCGAUAUGAAGACCUGUCUGCGCAAUUGCUUUGAGAAUAUCCACAGCACUGAGCGGAGACGAAAACAUGUGAUGCUCACGGAUUGUCUCAGAGAGAUAUUUAAACCGACGGAGAAUUGGUAUACCUGGUUCAUAUUCCAUGUGCCCAUAGCAAGGGGUCGCGGUGUGGUCAUUGAUGAUCAAUUGAAUCUGGCUACUGCUGCUUACGCCGGCAUCAAUGCGAAGUUACCAGCCUAUGAAAACACGCAGGACGAUUUCGAUUUGGGCAGUUUGCUGUCGUUUUGGAAUGCACCGAGUGAAAGUGAAAUAGGCAUCAGCUCCGAGGCGAGUAACAAACGGCGUGAGUCGGCGGCCUCAGCUAUGAUGGCACAGAAUGCUUCACUCCUUCUAGCAGCUAAUUCAUCCCGCACGCUAUCCAACAGAUGGCAGACGACGACGAAGACGAAACAGACGAAUGACUUGAAUUUCUGGUACAGUAAAAUGGAUCAACUUGUGCCGGAAGUGCUCAAAGAAAUCGACGCCUAUUACGAGUGCAAAUAUCGCGAUAAUAUUCAGAAAAUAUGCAAUGAACUGAAAAAUAUGUUGCAAUUUGGCUCGGUCUGCUUUUCCAAUACAAGUUGCGGCUUGUCAGCGAAAGUCAAACGGGAUGGGUCGCUAGACAGACUCAAGCGUUGCUAUGAAAUGGGUUUGGUGGAAUUCAUGCGUUUGGCUAAAGAUAUCGAAAAUUCGGUGGACUAUUCGGCGUUACGUGUUUACGUGGAGGCCAAGAAGAACGAAAUCAAAGAAUUUGCUACGAAUUGCAAACUGCGCCACCUCGAGAUGUGCCAAAACUGUUUAAUCGAUACUAUCAAAAACGAACGGAGUUAUUUGGCUACAAAGGGCAAGAGUGUCGACGUUAUAAAAAAUCCGUCUUUUAAGAAAACUAUAUCGGGCAGCGCAUAGUUGUGAAUUCUUAUAUUCAAAAUUAAUUAGAACUGGUCACUGAAAAGUAAUUUGUAAUUUAACCCCUUGCCGUGCCAUUUAGCUCGAGGAAACUCGGGCCCAAGUGUUACGCGUCAACGCGUAGUAAACAGAAUGAUGCGCGAGAUGAUGUAACAGCAAUUAUGAGACUCGUGACUAACUCUGGUGGCGUUCUAACAUUCAAUCACAGACCCAGGCUCGUGAUGUUUAUGUUUGGCCCGCCGAGCCUGGCUCGUCGUAUUCAUGUGUGGGCCAAAAUUUUCAUCACGAGUUAGACUCCUCGUUAAAGCACGGCAAGGGGCUAAGAAAGACUCCCUUCUGCCAUGUUGCUGCGUGCAGGGGUGGAGUUUCGGUAAAUUACAAAUUGCAUUUCUGCAUCUCACUGGUAAACUUUUUAAAACGUAUUGUCGGUUGACUUGAAUCGGGUUCGAAUUUUAUAAAGAUAGAGAAAAACUAAUAAAAAUUGGGAAAAAUUUGAAA